UCCGCGAGCGUGAUACAUGGCCGCAGUUUUUUUUUGUUUUUUUUUUCCCCACACGAUGGAAGACAUCUGGCGUGGAGCUGCUCCAGAAACAUGCGCGUGGAAGUCAUUUGCGAUUGGCGGAAUGACGCACGCACGUCGAUGCCUGGAGAAAAAGGGUUGUGAAAAGGAAGACGGUGAAGACGAUGGGAAGGCGACGGUAGAAGGUCAAAAAAAAAAAAAAAAAAGAGAAAGUCGGGGAUCGGGGGCUGUAAAAUGCUGAUUUUGUGGGUUCCGCUCAGUUUGCUCCUCGGCUUUAUCGUGUCUCGCACUUGGAGCUCCAACUGGGCUUCGGACUUCCGCGAGUCGCCGGCGCCGCCGCCGCACAUCGUCUUCAUCCUGGUGGACGACCAGGGCUUCCGGGACGUGGGCUACCACGGCUCCGAGAUCAAGACUCCCACCCUGGACCGACUGGCCACGCAGGGAGUGAAGCUGGAGAACUAUUACGUGCAGCCGCUUUGCAGCCCGUCCAGGAGCCAGCUCAUGACCGGCAGGUACACUUCCACUUCCAAUACUCCACUGGAAACACAUACUUACUAUAUUAUAACCAUAUUUUUUCAUUUGACGCACUCAUUCGUUUUUGUAUUGGAAGAAAAUCACUGGUACCAGAUCCACACGGGCCUCCAGCACUCCAUCAUCCGAGCCACCCAGCCCAACUGCCUCCCCCUGGACAACGUCACCCUGCCGCAGAAGCUGAAGCAGGCCGGCUACUCCACGCACAUGGUGGGCAAGUGGCACCUGGGCUUUUACAAACGCGGGUGCCUGCCCACCCGCCGCGGCUUCGACAGCUUCUUCGGCUCGCUCCUGGGAAGCGGCGACUACUACAGCCACUACAAGUGCGAGGGUCCCGGGAUGUGCGGCUACGACUUGUACGAGGGCGAAGAGGCCGCGUGGGAGCAGGACCGAGGCUUGUACUCCACGCUGAUGUAUACCCAAAAGGCCAUCGGGAUCUUAGCCAAUCACGACCCUCGCAAACCCUUAUUCCUCUACUUAGCCUAUCAGGCGGUGCAUUCGCCGCUUCAGGUUCCGGCUCGCUACCUGGAGCGCUACAAGGGGAUUGUGAACCCUCACCGUCGCAAAUUCGCAGCCAUGGUCUCCUGCCUGGACGAAGCGGUACGCAACUUGACCCUGGCGUUGAAACGCUACCAUUACUACGACAACACGGUCAUCGUGUACUCCUCGGACAACGGGGGGCAGCCGCUGGUCGGCGGGAGCAACUGGCCACUCCGGGGGAGCAAGGCCACGCUGUGGGAAGGGGGCAUCCGGGCGGUGGGCUUCGUCCACAGCCCCUUGUUGGUCAAGAAGGGCACCAAGUGUCGCUCGUUGGUGCACAUCACCGACUGGUUCCCGACGCUGGUCACCUUGGGCGAAGGGACUCUGGACGAGGAUCUCAACCUGGACGGCUACGACGUCUGGGAAACCAUCAGCGAAGGGCUCCCCUCGCCCCGCCAGGACAUCCUCCACAACAUCGACCCCAUUUACGUGAAGGCCAAAAACGGCUCGUGGAAGGCCGGGUACGGCCUGUGGAACACGGCCGUGCAAGCGGCGCUGCGGGUGGGCCACUGGAAGCUGCUGACAGGGGUACCCGGUUAUAGCGACUGGGUACCUCCCCAGACCUUCUCUACACAGCGGCUGACCCUGCGCUGGCACAACGAACGCGUGCGCUGGGACCGCGGCAAGUCCCUGUGGCUCUUCAACAUCACCUCAGACCCUUACGAGCGGGUGGAUUUGUCGCAGCGCUACCCGCACGUGGUCAAGAAGAUGCUCGCGCGGCUGGCGCAGUACAACAAGACGGCGGUGCGAGUGCGCUACCCGGCCAAAGACCUGCGCUCCAACCCGCAGUACAACGGGGGUGUGUGGGGGCCCUGGUACAAGGAGGAGAUCGGGCAGAGAUACGAGCAUCUGUUGACCAACCAUCUGAGCAGCAGACGGGGCUGAAACAGAAAGGGCCGAGAGUAGCGGGGCGGUCGUCUUUGCGCGAGACGGAACGUUUCUCAGGGAUCGCUCGGGACUUCCCGUUGCGGGAUUUCCACCGGGGCGGGAAACAUGAGCGACUCGUGGGCGCCUUCGGAGCAUUUCAAUUUAGAACGUUGAGAUUCAGAAAAAUGUUGUCAUGUUAUCGAACUACUAGGGAACGAGAAAAACGCUGUGACAGGAAAGUCCGAAUAUUGCAAACUCGUGGGAAUAUCGUGAAAAGAACUUUGAAGUCUUUCAAAAAAGCUUCUUGAAGAAAGUAAUUAGUCGGUUAUGAGGAAAAAUGUUUUGAGAAUAAAGUUGUGGUCACAGUUACAAGAAGAAAAAAAAAAAGUUGCAAUGUGAGGAAGAUCAAGAUAACACACUGUCAAAAAUCCAUAAAGUUCAUAGGUUACCCCAAAAAAUAAAAUAAAUCAAUGGUUAAAGAAUAAAGUCAGAAAAGAACACGUCAUGUUAGAGAAAUAAAGUCAGAAUAUUACAAAAA